AUGGGCCAGCAGAUGCCUACGAGGACCCAUGUCCACGGCGUAUACGAGGCCAUCGCCUCUCAUUUCAGCGCGACGCGACACAAGCCGUGGCCCUUUGUGUCGUCUUUUCUGGCCUCGCGGCCACCGGGCUCCGUGGGCCUGGACAUUGGCUGCGGAAAUGGCAAGAACAUGGGCGUCAACCGGGAUGUCGCCAUGCUGGGCUGCGACAGGAGUGCUGCGCUGGUGGCUCUCGCCAGGGACUCGAUGUGCACCACACGCUAUCGGAAACAACAGCAGCAGCAGCAGCAGCAGCAGGGUGACGGCAAGCUGGCAGAUGCCGAAGCAGGCCCAGCUCCCCCAGGGGAGACCAUAGCAGGCGCGGACGCCGUAACGGCCGACAGUCUCGUACUGCCCUUCAGGGAGGCUAGCGCCGACUUUGUCAUCUGCAUCGCCGUGAUCCACCACCUGUCCACGAGGGAGAGGCGGGUUGACGCCAUCAGGCAGCUCCUGCGGUGCGUGAGGCGGGGAGAGCGCCGCGGCACGCCAGCAGGGGUGACGCCCCAGGCGCAUGAUGUGCAUGAUGCUGCAGGCGCCGCUACAGGCGCUGCAGAUGCGCAGGGCUCGAGCUCAGGCUCAGGCCAAGUACUUGUGUACGUCUGGGCGCUGGAGCAGAGCGGCAGCAGGAGGGGAUGGGCUGAAGGUGGGGAGCAGGACCUGCUGGUUCCCUGGGUAAUGAAGGCACCCCAGCAGAAGAAGGCCAGGGUGAAGGGCCAGAAGAAGCAGGGACAGCGGCAGAAGCAAUCCGAGGGCGGCGCCGCGGCAGAAGAAGCAAAGACACAGCAUGUGGACAGGUCAACAGAUGAACAUCGCGGGGCAAGCGGCGGUGAAGGAGGCGACCGCACGUCGGACGGCGGGCAGCAGCAGCAGCAGCAGCAUUGCCAACAACGACAGCAGCGACAGCAUGCAGAAGACGAAGCCGUUGCAGCCGACGCUACUGCAGAUCCGGGCACAGCCGAAAACGACGUGGCCGACGGGAACUCGCAGCAGACAGCCCACACCGACAAGACCUUCCACCGGUACUACCACCUCUACAGAAAGGGCGAGCUGGAGGAAGAAGUCGCCGCCGCAGGGGGGUCGGUCCUGAACAGCGGCUACGAGCGAGACAAUUGGUGGGUCAUUGCAGGGUGA